CAUGUUGUUUUUUCUUUUGUUUUAAAGACUAUCCUAGGAGAAACUCAUGAAGAAGAAGAUGAGAUCCUUCCACGCAAAGACUAUGAGAGCUUGGAUUAUGAUCGUUGCAUUAAUGACCCCUAUCUGGAAGUUUUGGAGAGCAUGGACAACAAAAAAGCCCGGAGAUAUGAAGCAGUGAAGUGGGUGAUGGUUUUUGCCAUUGGAGUCUGCACUGGACUGGUAGGCCUCUUUGUGGAUUUCUUUGUACGGCUCUUUACCCAGCUCAAGUUCCAGAUAGUGCAAAGCUCCGUGGAGGAAUGCACUGAGAAAGGGUGUCUGGCCCUGUCGCUGUUGGAGCUGCUGGGUUUCAACCUGACCUUUGUCUUUCUUGCCAGUCUUCUGGUCCUGAUCCAGCCUGUGGCAGCUGGAUCAGGAAUCCCUGAGAUUAAAUGCUACUUGAAUGGAGUAAAGGUUCCAGGGGUUGUACGUCUCCGGACAGUGGUGUGCAAAGCUAUAGGAGUGCUCUUCAGUGUGGCAGGAGGUCUCUUUGUUGGGAAGGAGGGUCCAAUGAUCCACAGUGGUGCUGUCGUGGGCGCGGGUUUGCCACAGUUUCAGAGCAUCUCUUUGAGGAAGAUCCAGUUUAACUUUCCCUAUUUUCGCAGUGACAGAGACAAAAGGGACUUUGUGUCUGCUGGAGCUGCUGCAGGGGUUGCAGCUGCCUUUGGGGCUCCAAUUGGGGGGACUCUUUUCAGCUUGGAAGAAGGCUCCUCUUUCUGGAACCAGGGGCUUACAUGGAAGGUGCUCUUCUGUUCCAUGGCUGCCACCUUCACUUUGAAUUUCUUCCGCUCUGGGAUUCAGUUUGGGAGUUGGGGGUCUUUCCAGCUCCCUGGGCUGCUGAACUUUGGGGAAUUUAAGUGCUCUGAGUCUGAUAAAAAAUGCCACCUCUGGACUGCUGUGGAUUUGGGCUUCUUCAUUCUGAUGGGAAUUGUAGGAGGUCUUCUUGGAGCCACCUUCAAUUGCUUGAACAAGAGGCUUGCAAAGUAUCGUAUGCGGAACGUGCAUCCCAAGCCAAAGCUGGUCAGAGUCUUGGAGAGCCUGCUGGUGGCCCUCACUACAACAGUGGUGGUCUUUGUAGCCUCCAUGGUUCUGGGGGAAUGCCGGCAGAUGUCUUCCACCAGCCAUAGUGGCACUGGCACUCUGGCUAUGUCAGAGGAUGUGAAUUCAAGCAUCAAAACUUUUUUCUGCCCGAACGAAACCUACAAUGAUAUGGCAACACUCUUCUUCAACCCACAGGAGUCAGCUAUUCUGCAACUCUUCCACCAGGAUGGUACUUUCAGCCCAGUCACACUCUCCUUGUUCUUCCUUCUUUAUUUCUUACUCUCGUGCUGGACCUACGGGAUCUCUGUGCCCAGUGGUCUUUUUGUGCCAUCACUGCUUUGUGGGGCUGCCUUCGGACGCCUGGUCGCCAACCUCCUCAAAAGCUAUAUUGGCUUGGAUCACAUCUACUCAGGAACGUUUGCGCUGAUCGGGGCAGCAGCAUUCCUGGGAGGAGUGGUCCGCAUGACGAUCAGCUUGACGGUCAUCCUGAUUGAAUCCACCAACGAGAUCACCUAUGGGCUCCCAAUAAUGAUCACCCUCAUGGUAGCCAAAUGGACAGGAGACUUUUUCAACAAAGGCAUCUACGACAUCCACGUGAACCUGCGAGGAGUGCCCCUUCUGGAGUGGGAAACAGAGGUGGAAAUGGAUAAGCUGCGAGCCAGUGACAUAAUGGAACCCAACCUGACGUAUGUCUACCCCCACACCCGGAUCCAGUCCCUUGUCAGCAUCCUGCGUACCACUGUCCAUCAUGCCUUCCCUGUAGUGACUGAGAACCGUGGCAAUGAGAGGGAGUUCAUGAAGGGAAAUCAGCUGAUCAGCAACAACAUCAAAUUCAAGAAAUCUAGCAUCCUUACCCGAGCAGGAGAGCAGCGCAAGAGAAGUCAGUCCAUGAAAUCCUACCCUUCUAGUGAAUUGCGUAACAUGUGUGAUGAGCACAUAGCAACAGAGGAACCACCAGAAAAGGAGGACCUGUUGCAGCAGAUGCUAGAGAGAAGAUAUACACCCUAUCCCAACCUGUAUCCUGACCAGUCACCCAGUGAAGAGUGGACCAUGGAGGAACGUUUCAGACCUUUGACCUUCCAUGGCAUGAUCUUACGCUCGCAGCUGGUCACGCUCCUUGUCAGGGGAGUUUGUUACUCCGAGAGCCAGUCGAGUGCGAGUCAGCCUCGUCUGUCCCAUGCAGAGAUGUUAGAGGAUUAUCCCCGCUAUCCAGAUAUCCAUGACCUGGACCUCACGUUGCUGAACCCUCGCAUGAUAGUGGAUGUCACACCAUACAUGAACCCAUCACCAUUUGCUGUGUCUCCAAACACUCAUGUGUCACAAGUCUUCAACCUGUUCAGGACAAUGGGACUCAGGCACUUACCAGUUGUGAAUGCAGUGGGAGAGAUUGUUGGGAUAAUCACUCGGCACAACCUGACCCACGAGUUUCUGCAGGCAAGAUUGCGACAACACUAUCAGACCAUUUGAUGCCCC